AUUCCAUCCCAAUUCCCAUUCCAAAUCGCCAACCAUGGCUCUCCGUCUUCACCAUCUACCCCUCCUCCUCCUGCUCACCGCCCUCCUACCCACCGCCUCCGCCACCCACUCGCCGGAGAGCGCCACCUCGUACAGCCACCACCAUUACCCGACGGGCACCGCCACAGCCCAUUUCCACCCCGUCCAUGGCGCGGCGCCUUCCAUGCAUCAAAACCAUCUCGAAACCGAGAGCCAGCCUCUGCUCGCCGUGGAACCCGCCGUCGCCGACGCGCAGACAACGGCCCGUCCUCCUCUGCUCGUGCCAGUGCCACCCCAAGCCGCGGCGCCCUCACCGCCUCCCACGUCCGUCGCGCGGCCGGAUCUGGCGGCCUCCCGUUCCGAGGCAACGCCGCAGCCGCGAGAGGGGUCAGCGACUGCAACGGCGACGACGCUACCGAACCAGAGUACGCUACCGAGUCCACCGCCUCCCGUCCAAGCCGGCGCCGCAGCUGGGGAAGUGGUGGUCUCCGACAGCGAGCAGGGUCUGCAUCAGCUCUCGAGGGCCCUUGCUUCGCUAGGGUACCAGGAGAUGGCGGCUGCGGCGGGAGCGCUCCUCGUCAACUCGCCGCUGUUCGCGAAGUGGCCCGGGCCGAUGACAGUCUUCGCCGCUCCCGACGCCUUCCUCCAGGCCUCCUGCCCCACUUGCUCGCGUCGAGACCUGCUCAUCCACCACAUCGCCAUGGGCUAUUAUCCCUACUCCGAGCUCGCGGCCGCUGCCAUGGUGAAGAUCCCUUCUGCCUCCGUCAACUUCUGCAUCAACAUCGUUUCAGAAGGUGGCCCCUUCGACACCGGCCUCGCCAGGAUCUACGCCGAGGACGUGGAGGUCUCGCAUCCCGACCUCUACAACGACGGCCUCUACGUCGUCCAUGGCUUGGUCGGCUUCCUGCGCCCGCUCACGCACUCCUGCUUCGACGGCCCGCACCCGCACCAUCGCCGCUCCCUUGCGGGGCGAUCUUCUGGUGGCACGCUCGUGCGCGAGGCUAUCGCCCGCCUACGACGACGAGGCUUCGGCGUUGUGGCGAUCGCCCUCCGGCUCCAGUUCACAGAGCUUCAGAGGUUCGCGAAUCUUACAGUUUUCGCACUCGAGGACCAGGCCAUUUUCGCAAGGGGAGGGCACGACUACGUCUCGUCGGUGCGUUUUCACAUCGUUCUCAAGCAUCGACUCACCCGCGCCGAGCUACUUCGUCUCCGGCCCGGCACAAUUCUCCCCACCCUGGCUGGCGAGGACCAGAGCCUCGUCAUCACGCACGGCGCCGGUGAGAAUGUCUUCGUCAAUUACAUACACAUCAAGGAGUCGGAUGUGGUGGUCAACUCUCGUAUUGCCGUGCAUGGCAUCGAGUCACCUUUGCUGCACCUCAACGGAGAGCUGCACAGCGGCGGCGCGGCCGAGCCAAAUCUGAAGAAGAGGUUCACGCUGCAUGAUUCACAGCGGCCGGCAGAGCAAGGUUGGGCACGGGACCGGGGAGUGCCACUGUAUUGGGCCGUUGUUGGGGCUGCAGUGGCGGCCAUGGCAGGCGUUGCCGGAGCCGGUAGCUGGUUUCGGUGGGUCAAAGGCAAGGAUGGUAAGCGGAUUUAUCUUGCACAAGCGGCCAUGGAGGCAACUUACAAUGCCAAAUACGGGCGGAGAGACCUGAUGGCAGAGCUUGAGGAGCAGAAGAAGAGACUUUGCGCUAUAUGCAGUGACGAAGCCUUCGAUUGGACCGCCACCUGCUGCGAUGUGAAGUUCUGCUGUUUAUGUCUGGGCACAGCAUAUGUUAAGCGUCAUAAUGCGCUCUACGCACCCGGGCCCUGUGUGAGGGAGGGCAGCCUUCUUCCAUCUCUUCGUGUGAAGCUGCAUCCUGACCUUCCAGGUAUGUACAUGGAAUCCGAGACGAGAGUGAAAGCAGAGUUCGAGAAAGCGCUUGACCAGAAGGAUGUUCAUGAUGAGUUCGUGAUGAAGAGGGUGUACACUUCUCAUGAAGAUGUUUUGGCAAAGAUGGCGCCCCAGAGAAUCUUGGUCUAUAGCCGGGAAGGUAACAGUGAGAUUAUCCAUCAACUCAACCUGGGCAGGACCAACAUCACCUGAGAAGCAAAUCAACUCCAGCUUCUUUCCGCUUGAAACUUGGUCAGAUUUGAAGGAUGUGGCUCUGUUACACUAUUCUCAGCUUGGGCGAACAUGCAGGAGUUGAUUUGCUUCUCAGGUGAAACUUGGUCAGAUUUGAAGGAUGUGGUUCUGCGACUUAUCUUACUACAUGUCACUUUAUGUGUCAUUUUCGUUUCUGCAUGCACGAGCAAGUGUUAAGCUCGUUCAGUUUGCUUCUAGGCUGUAAUGUGUUGCUCAGUUGUUGAGUUUUGUUUAGAACACAUACGUUUGUUUAGGCACGGAUGCCCUGAGUUAGCAAACCCGUGACACUUUUUUUGAGGCGAGAAAACCUGUGACACUUGUCCGUGUGUAUUCUAGUCACUCGUUCACUACACUACUGUAUUUUGCACCAUGGAUUA